AUGAUAGACAACAGCAUUCCCGAACAGGCAGUGGAUGCACGGAAAGCAGCAGUGGAAGAGGUGGAGAGGCUGCUCCAACAUCCAGAGGAUCUCAAGCGCCUCCCCAACAUGCUAGAGGAGUACACGCAGAAGCAUCAAGCCAACAAAACGCAGCUCAGCGCGACGGUGGCAUCCCAGGUGGAUGCUGCCAGAGCAGGCAUGGAGCUUCUAGACAGCGCACAGAAGACCCUCACCAAAAUGCAGGAGUGUUACAAGGACAUCGACGAGCUCUGCACAGAGUGCUCAAACCUGAUAGACAACCACGAGAAGAUUCAGGUGCUCAGCGCGGUGCACUACAAUCUGGGCAAGACGCUGCAGGAUGUAGAAAACAUUGUGGCGCUGCCGCAUGAAGCCGCUGAGGCAGAGGAGAUGCUCCGUGAUGACACGCAGCUCCUGCAGGCGUACGAGUGCCUGGCAAUACUGGAAGGCACCAGCAGCAUGGCGCAGCAGGCGCUGGAGAGCAACGCCAAGCUCAAGCGCGAUGACUCACGCAACAUCAGCGCCUACUUCAACAAGGUGAAAAUGACGAUGGGCAAGGUGGAGGAGCGGCUGUGGAGCAUCAUCCGAAAUUUUGCCACGCUGGGCCGCGACCAGCCGGCCAUGCUGGUCAACGCCGUCAGAAUUAUUGAGCUGCAAGAGAUGGUUGACAGGCAGCUGGAAGCCUCCGGCAAGGGUGGAAUGCGGGCCAUUCAGCCGAAGCGGUAUCGCAAGCGAUGCGAGCAGCAGAUCGGCAUGAGCAUCCAGGAGAACUUUGCACCGCUGCUGCGCGACUGCGCUCAGCUCAUGGCCGCCGGCGAGAACACUGACAAACGCACGGGGGAAAUUCUGGACGAGGCGCAUGAGUUUGUGGUGCAGCUGGCGGACAUCUAUGACUACGUGACGCCGUGCUUCCCCGAGAAGUAUCGCAUCUUCCGUGUCAUUGGGUGGACGAGCAACUACCAGGAGACGCUGAGGGAGCUGGGGUUGGAGGAGGAGGACAUUGCGUUUCCGGAGGGCCCCGACCGCGGUACAACCGUGCUCAUUGACAAGUACAUCGCGCGCAUGCGCUCCACGCUGCACACCUGGUUCGUCAACAUCCUCGAGGCGGACCUGAGCGGGGAGCCGAAGCAGAAGGAGGACGGUCAGCUGUGGACGCCGGGCGCGGUCGACUUCUUCCGCAUUGUCAACGAGCAGCUCUCAGUCGUCGAGGAGGUCUCCAGCGGCGAGAUGCUCCUGCGCACCGGCGAGUCUGUCAUGACCAUCAUGCGCCAAUUCCAGGAGGCGCAGAAGCAGUACCUGGAGCGGGACCUGAGUGAGGGGCUGCUGUGCGCGGUGAUCAACAACAACACGCGCUGCUACAACGAGUCCACCGAGUUCGCCGACCAUCUCGACGACGAGCUCGCCGGCCCCUUCAAGGGGCGGUUGGACAUAGACACGCAGUGCCGGGGAUUUCUGGAGCUGGCCAAGGAGGCGGUGGGCCACCUGGUGAAUGCAAUUUUUGCGGACGCGGCAUUUGCGGAGCUGUUCCACAAGCUGUACUGCACCGAGGAGUGGCAGAACGGCGUGACCACCGCCUCCAUCCUGGCCACGCUGGGGGACUACUUCGAGGACUACGAGACCCUCAUCGAGCCUUCCUGGUUCAAGCGGCUGGCGGUGGCGUGCCUGGAGGAGACGCUGGCGCACUUCAUAGCGGCGCUGCUGACGUACACCAAGGCGGUCACCGACGCAUUCCUCAAGCGCCUGGAGCGCGACUACGACGACAUCUGCACCUUCUUCGAAAAACACUGCAUCAAAGAAAAGGCGCGUCGCUCCCCCUGCCCCUCCACACAUUGUCUUGCGUCUUGCGUGACCAAGGUGUGCCAGCCGCUGGAUGACCUGAGGGAUGUGGCGUCCUCUGACAGCGUGGACACCUUUGUGCUCUCCUACACCUCCCUCCUGCAGACUGCGCCCGGCAUUACUCCAGCGCUGGUGGAGCGCAUCGUGGCCUCGCGCUCAGACCUCACCAAGGCCGACAUCAAGGAGGUGAUAGACCAGUGCAGGGACGUGCACGCGACGCGGCAGCGCAACGCGUCGGAGGAUGCCAGCAGCCUGCCCAAGACGGCCAUCAAGGCGGCAGGCAACAAGGACUGGUCCGCCUUCCGCGUGGCUCUUGUGGCCGCCAAGCGCAAGUCCAAGCCGCCAUCCUCCCGCAUCUGAUGCGAAGUUCACACCACUGUAAACAUUGAGGGGGUUCCACCGGGGCUUCUGCAGCGUUAAUGGAUGGUCACUGUAGUCAGUGGAAGUCCAUAUUAUGAAUGUUCGAGUCCGCAGGCUAUCAUGGACGGUUUGGAUUUGAUUGAGCUCAUCUGUUGCGCUAUUAGGCUGGGAAACAUGCGGCAGAUCUGAGUGAGUUGGGUUUGGCUCCAGUGCAACGUCGACAACUUGAAUUGCUCCAUGCUACACAGAGCCGUUUGCCACACAUGCAGGGGCGCCCCCUUGUGAAUUGCUGAUGAUGUGUAGAUAGAAUUUUCUAAUUUACUUUGCACGCUAACAUGAACAGAAGUGAUUGCUUUACAGUUGAGGCCUGCUGGGGGCAAGAACACAGAGACCUCCUGAGAGUCUUGUCAUGGCCACACUGCACAGUCUAGAAUUAUCAGAUCGCUGGGUCCCGUUCUUGUAUAUGUUUGACUACAGCUUCUUGCAGUGCUUGCACCUCGAUGGCUUUGCUAAGGUGAAAGGGGGCACUUGCAAGGUUUUAACAAUCAUUGCUUGG